AUGCUAUUAAAUCUAUUCGAUCAAUCAGGACAAUCUACGCAGGAUUUAACACGUGAAUCAUCAGAAUUUUUAUGGUACCAAUUAUUACGUGAAUAUAUAAUGAAAAUGGUUCAAACGAACGAUAGUAAAAAAAUUAUGCUAGAAAAAUUUCGUUUAUAUUAUAGAACAAUUAAAGCUUAUUUGUCUAAAGUAGAUGAAAGUAAAAAUCUUAGAUGGUACGAACUAAUCGACUAUCAAGUUGGAUAUCUUCUGAUUGAGAUGGAUCAGUCAGUCGAAGCUAUUCGUUAUUCUGAAAAUCUAUUAGAAGAAGCAAAAGAUGAUAAAAACAGUUUUAUCGCUCUUUUUGGAUUAGUAAUUGCUUGUCUAAAUAAUGAACAAGUUGAACAAGCAAAUGAAUAUAUAAAUCAUUGCUGUAAACUUUAUGAAAAUAUUCCGGACGGUACUAUCUAUGAUCAUUGUCAUAUAUUUGAUCUUUUAGGAAGUAUUGCUCAUAAACAAAAUAGACCUAAACUUGCCAUUCAUUAUUAUACAGAAAUCUUAAAAAUCGUACCGGAAGAUGAUACGGAUAUGAUAUCGAUUGCUAAUACUAAUUUAGCAAAUAUUUAUUAUUCUAAUGUUUAUUAUGGAAUUAAUGAAUUUGAUAAAGCAAUUGACAAUUGUAUGAUAUCAUUAACUUUAAUUGAUGAUAAUAAUGAAAGAAAGAUUGCUCAAAUUUAUGAAAAUAUUUUCGGAUGUUAUGGUAUGAUGAGUGAAUAUUUAUUAGCAAUUACGUAUUUAGAAAAAUCGUUAGUAAUACAAGAAUAA